CAUUCCACACACAUACACACAUUAACCUAGUAGCUCCACUAGGAUUCAAUUCUAGUGUGGCUUCAUUUGAGGCAAACAUCUUUGCCACUACAUCACAUGCCUCAGCCACAACUAAUAAAUACUUUAAAUAGAACGGAGGGCAGCUGAGGCAAGGCAAGUGAGAGUGGGGCCCAAGACAAGUCUCUAGAAUCUCGUAAGUUAGAAAAAUAUCAUCAUGUACCUCCUCCCUCAACCACUAAGCUCAACACACAUAACAAUAUCAAAAUCCUGCACCUAAGCCUAAGCCAUUCCAAUUUGAAUUUCUGAUGCCAUGAGAUGACUCAGUCAAUGUCCCAUGCCCAACAAUCUCCAAAGACCCUCGAAUCUCGCCACUCCAUUGAUUCCUGCCUCUUCCAGCUCCGUACAUGGAAGCCCUUCACCAACAAGCGCCCUUGUCUCUCCGAUCGCAAAACCCCUUCCGUUUCGAUCGACCUUUCCAAGCUUUCUCUUCUCGACGAUGAUUCCACCACUAAACCCUUCAAAUCGUCUUCCGCCGCCGCCACCACCAACUUCCGCCUUAUAGCCCGCAAGCGCCGCCGCCGAGGAUCCCGCUCUGUUUCCGGCCGGAGUAGUGACCGCAGUGGCACGCGCCGAUGCUGCUCUGUUGGGGCCUCGGCGGCUCAUGGGACUUGCUCUGAUUUUCCGGUGGCGAUGGGGACGGACUCCAGCGGGGAGCUCUUUGGGAACGUUGGAGAUGGGAGUUGGGCCUCCGAUGUGAGUGAGGCGAGGAGGGAGAGGGAUAGAGAGGGUGGUGGUGGCGGCGGUGGAGGUGGUGGUAAUGGUGGCGGUAGUGGGGAGAAGGAGAGUGGUGUUGGGUUUGGUGGGGUGGGUGGGUGUUCUGAUGGGAAUGGGAACGAGUCCGGGUAUGGUAGUGAACCUGGGUAUCGUGGUGAUGCUGAGUUUGGUUAUGGGGAUGAGUUUGAUGAGGAAGAAGAUGAUCCCAGAUUCAGAUUGUUGUUCUGGGGUGAGCAAAUCCGAGACUCUACUAAUUCUUUAGAUUUCUCAAAACAAAAUAAUGACCCAUCAUCUUCCGGACCCAGAAAAUUGGGAACUCCUUCAUGCUGCCAUGAUCAACCCACCAAAGCAACCACAAGAAUCAUUUGACACUGCUGUAAUUGACCCAUUGAAGUCACCACACAUUAAAGUGGAUAUCAUGAAGAUUUUUAUUUUUACUUCUUUGUGUUUUUGGGUUAAUUGGUGCAUUAGAUAUGUUGUUUUGCUUUUGUUAUUAUGUUAUUGUUGAUUUGGCAGUUUUUGUUCCAUAUGUGAAUUGUGAAACUAUUACUUUAUCCUCUCUGAUACAUCUGGUAUGAAUUGAAAUUUUGAACCUAAUUAUAUAAAAACGAUUAAUAUUACUCUCUCUGAUUUUUGUAAUAUUUUAUUACAAUGGAUGAUUUAAUAAUAUUGUAAUUUACUAAUUGUGGGAAAAAGGAUAAAAAAUUGAUGAUAAAGAGAGAGAAACACACACUCAAUGGCUUAGGUAAAAUUUUGACAAGUGUCAAUUUUAUAGUUAGGAAGAUAAUUAGGCUUAUCAAUUAGUCCUCUCAAUCAAUUCUCUCUCUUUUUGUGGUACAUUGGCAACAAUAAGAUUUGAACCGAGGAUCUGAAUCAUCUCAUAUAUAUUACCCAAACCCCUUACCACUAAACCAUUAAAGCUUUUUGGUUGGUUAUAAAGCAUUAGUACUUACUAGAUUAAUCAUUAUUGCUUGGUGAGAAUAGUGUAAUGAUAUAGCAUCCUAUAACGAUUCCAAGAUAUUUUCUUAAAGAGUAAAAUAUAGAUACUUUCAUUGUCUUAAAAAGCAAUCAAUUCUUUCUUCAUUUAGUGGUUAGAAGGAUGGUCAGGAAGAUCUCCUCAUUAAUCAUUUCUCCCCAACUUUAGUAGGAUCCUUAUGUUUGAAGUUGCAAAUUUUUGGGAAGACAAUUCUUGCAAUCCACUAACUGGUAGUGUUUUAGUGGGGAAAUAUAUAGAAGAGUGGGUCAACCUUUAUUAAAAAAUGGCCUCCUCAAUUUUCUGUAGUGGUAUACACCGAUGAUUCCCACUUCCUAGAUGCUCAGCAAGGUGUUUGAACUUUGGAGAAUGGAGAGAGUGGGAGAAAACUAUUUGCCGGCAAACUGAGUAUUCUUUGCGGGAGCGAAUCAUCUCAAUUGGAAAAUCCACUUGACCAUGUCAAGUUCCAUUAAUAAUUGGAUAAUUUUGUGAAACCCGCUUGGCCCACCUAGUCCACUAAUAAUGAAAAUUCACACUUGACAUGGACAAUUGGAUUUUUCAAUUGGGAGGAUCCGCCUUCAUUCUUUACUAGAUUUGUGUUUGGAGAAAAAAAAAAAAGAUUCGUUGCUUAAAA